AUGUCUCUACUCAUGAGAUUCCGCUCUCUACCGCUCCUCUUCGCCGUCCUUCUUUUCACCCUCCAUGUCCUCGCACACCCCAACCACCACGGCCACUUCGGCCUUGACCGAGCCGUCCACAACAACGCUCUCUCCAAACGCUGGCUAACCAUCAAACCAUCGAAUAAUAACAAACUAUGGCCCGACGCGACAGUCGAAUACACGUGGGCCGAUAAGCAAGCCAAAAAAGAACUCGAGACCACCCUCAAACAAGCCAUGGACCUCUGGUACCGCAACGGCCUCCCGAAACAGUUCAAGCUGAAAGAAGCCAGCAAGCUCAGACUCAACAAGAAGAACGUGCUGAAAAUUCACUACAACGAUAAGGGAAUCAUGUCAACGUCUAAUGGUAUCCCUAAUACCAGGUCAGGACCGGUCUCUCAUCUCAGCAAAGAUCCAUUUAUUGGGAUGCAGGAUGCGGUCGCGAAUGUGGCACAUGAGAUCGGACACAUGUUUGGGUUGCUGCAUGAGCAUCAGGAUGGGAUGUACUGGGGUCUUGGGGUCGGCGAACCGGUGUUUGAUUUCCAUUGUGAGAAUUUGAAGGACUACGAGGAGAAGACUAAGGGGAAGACCAAGGAGCAGAUUGAUGGGGAUAAUGGCAUCUGUAAGUCUCGUGAGGAGGCUGCGAAGGCGGGUUUCUCGGCUGCUGAGUAUUUGCCGUUCAUGGGCAACACUCGCUCGCCGCAUUCGUUGUCUGCAGGACAUGAUGAUGUCGAUUGGGAUUCGAUUAUGUUGUAUCCUAGCGGAGCUGGGGGGAAGGAGUCGACGCAGACGACUGAUAAGCGGGCGCCGGUGCUGUUGAAGAAAAAGGGGAAGGAGUUGAUUCAGCCGAAUAAGAAACCGAGUGCGAAGGAUGUGCAGGCGUUGAAGGACCUGUACAAUAUCAAAUAG